AUGACAGGCUGGCUGAGCGUUUCUUGUGUGCUGGAUGUGUUCCCUUUGCUUUCACCCUUCACGCCCCUCCCCGACCCCCUGCCCUCGCGCCUUCUCCCCGGCGACCAGGUGGUGCAGUCAGCGGGCCCCCAGUGUGCCGCCAUCCUGGCCAACAUCACCCGCUGCGUGGAGCAGCAACUCGCCUCGUCACCGGAGGCCCGCCAGGCUGUCAAGCACCUCUUUGCUGCCGCCACUGUGGAGCACGAUGGCGACUUCCUCUUCCUCCUCGCAGACGCUGCUGUCUUUGCGGAGGCCUUUGCGGCCUACGUGCGAGACCUUUUCUUCGCUCACUUCGGGUCUGCCCCUUCUGACUACCACCGCCACGCCCUCGCCAACACGUCUCUCGCAGCCCCCUCUGCCAGUCAGUCCGCUCCCCAUGCUGCUGCCUCUCGCACUUGUGGUGCUUUGCAUGCCCUUCCUCUCCACUCAUGCUACUGGCAGGGGCUGUGCACAGCAGUGUACGGGGAGCACCGAGCGCUCUUCCCCGAUGUGGACGCCACCAACACCUUCUUUGGCGGCACCGCCAUUGCCUCGUCACGCAUCUACUUCACCAACGGGUCGCAGGACCCCUGGAAGCGCGCAUCGCUGCUCGUUGGCAACAUUUAUGCCGACAGUGAGUCAUGCAUUGGCAGCGCCGACAGUGAGUCAUGCAUUGGCAGCGCCGACAGUGAGUCAUGCAUUGGCAGCGCCGACAGUGAGUCAUGCAUUGGCAGCGCCGACAGUGAGUCAUGCAUUGGCAGCGCCGACAGUGAGUCAUGCAUUGGCAGCGCCGACAGUGAGUCAUGCAUUGGCAGCGCCGACAGUGAGUCAUGCAUUGGCAGCGCCGACAGUGAGUCAUGCAUUGGCAGCGCCGACAGUGAGUCAUGCAUUGGCAGCGCCGACAGUGAGUCAUGCAUUGGCAGCGCCGACAGUGAGUCAUGCAUUGGCAGCGCCGACAGUGAGUCAUGCAUUGGCAGCGCCGACAGUGAGUCAUGCAUUGGCAGCGCCUACAGUAUUGUGCUUGUGACGGUGCUUGCCUCCUGA